AUGGACAAUAUGUAUGGCGAUACUUUGAGUGCGCUCAAGGAGCUGCAAACCGAAGAGCUCUCAAUUAUCAAAAUCAGCAAGCCUAUUUUGACCGUUAGUCUCCAAGACACGGCUGCACCCACUUCAGACGCCUCUCAGGAUGCAUACGAAAGUCCCACUUCAACAAGCCUUCAGGAUGAUUUGUCCCACUAUAAGGAACUCUUCUCCAAGCUGCGCUUCUCAUACCUCGAACAAGUCACCAAAGAGAAAUUCAUACGCGCCAUCGUAGGCGAACCGCAGUUCAUAGUUCAGCAUGGCGAGAAUAUUGAACUGGAAGAACAGCUCGCUGAAGUCAAAGCGUCUCUCAAAGCCAAGAAAAACGAUGUCGCUGGCAUGGUCGCAGAACUAGAGAGGCAAGGGAGGGAACUAAGUCAAAAGCACGAAGCAAUAAAACUGCAGACAUCACAGCUAGGGGACUUGCCAGAGAAAAUCGACUAUCUUCAUGCCUCGAUAGCGGAACUGCAGGCGGCUCAGGCACCAGGUCCGAGCGCGAAUUUAAGCAUGCCGUUGGACAAGACCAUGGCUUUGGUAGAAGACAAGGAGAAGGAAUCUGCAGAGCUCGAUCGUAUAUUGGAGAAGCUACAGUUGGAGUUGCCACGAAAGACAAGAGCCGUGGAGAGACUUGAGGCGGAGCUGCAACCAUUGGAAGUUAAGAGGCAAGGGACUACAGCCUUAGCCAGAGAUGCAAAGAGGCGGAAAGAAGACGCAUUAGGGGGCAACGGUGACGACUUGGAAGAGAGGGGAAGAUGGUGGAGAGGCGUUGAGGGCGGCUUGAAGGUUCUGCUGGAUGUUGAAAACUAA